UAACGUUCUUAUGAAAACAGCCCAGGUUAACGUCAUUAAAAAAUUAAAACUGAUUCGCACGGUACCCACAAGUGGUUUAAAACCAAACUAAGGUCAUAAGACUAUGAGUAUGUCUUAACCUGAGCUCCGCAACGGAUUGGACAUCUGAAGGCGGAACUCAAGUUGGAUUUGACCUGAGCGUUUGUUUCUGCACGAACAAAUCUCAUUUAUCAUCGCCUCGCAGCGGAGAUGGCAGUCCUCCCGGCGGCACUUCAUGGACGACUGGUUCAAGCCCUCCCCUUUUGUUUUGGGUCACUGCGGUUUGCCAGCUCCUUCAAGGCAGCAGACCUCGCCAUCGAACACAACACAGCAUGCAAGCCAAAGCCCGACCCUUCCACCCUGUUGUUUGGCAAACAGUUCUCCGACCACAUGUUGACCAUCAACUGGUCGGAGAAGGGCGGCUGGGAGGCUCCUCAGAUCAAACCUUUCCAGAAUCUGUCGCUGCACCCUGCCACCUCUGCCCUGCACUACUCCGUAGAGCUGUUCGAAGGCAUGAAGGCAUUUCGUGGAGCUGACAACCACAUUCGUCUGUUCAGACCCAUGCUGAACAUGGAGAGGAUGCAUCGCGGCGCUGAGAGAUGCUGCCUUCCUUUGUUUGAUAAAGGUGAGAUGCUGGAGUGCAUCAGGAGGCUGGUGGAGGUUGACAAGGAGUGGGUUCCCUACUCCCAGAACGCCAGUCUUUACAUCAGACCCACCUUUAUAGGAACUGAGCCGUCCCUCGGAGUGUCUCGGUCAGGAAAAGCCAUGAUCUUUGUCAUCGUCGGCCCUGUGGGACCAUACUUUGCCACAGGGUCCUUCAACCCAGUUUCUCUACUUGCGGACCCUUCGUAUCUCAGAGCCUGGAAGGGAGGAGUGGGGGCCUAUAAGAUGGGAGGUAACUACGGGCCUACGAUAGCGGUGCAGAGCGAGGCACAGAAGCAAGGCUGUCAGCAGGUCCUGUGGCUCUAUGGAGAGCAGGAGGAGAUCACUGAGGUCGGCACCAUGAACCUCUUCAUCUACUGGACCAAUAAGAAAGGAGAGAGAGAGUUGGUGACCCCUCCUCUGGAUGGUAUCAUUCUCCCCGGAGUCACCAGACAGUCUCUGCUAGACCUGGCCAGAGCCUGGGGUGAGUUUAAAGUGACCGAGUGUACGAUAGGCAUGAAGGAGCUGCUUGGGGCUCUGGAUGCUGGAAGGAUCCUGGAGGUGUUUGGAGCAGGGACUGCCUGUGUGGUCUGUCCUGUCGACAGCCUCCUCUACAAAGGAAAGACGUACCAGAUACCUACCAUGAAGAAUGGUCCGGACCUGGCAAAGAGGUUCUACAAAGAGCUUACUGACAUUCAGUACGGACACAAGCCAAGCGAAUGGGCACCUCUGGUCGUUUAAAUGGUCAUUUUACACACACCAAUCAUAUCAACAGUUAGUCUCAUAAUUCCACUUUGAACAACAAGUAGCCCCAUCUACCCCCCUUUAACCCGCUAAGGCACUCCUGCUUCUUUACCAACCUGAAGAGAUGGAUCCUCUCAGGUGGCUUUUACAGAUGUUCCUUUGUCUGCAGACUGGUAGGUCGAAUGUGACCAUUUGCUUUGGAAAGCAAUAUUGACGACGAUAUGCAAUGCAAUGAUCUUAACCUCAAGGUAUGUACUAAAAAAAAACUGCUCUCAUUGGGAAGAGAAAAACCAACCAGAUCCUAAGAUAAUCAAAACAAAGAUGACACAUGCUUGGUGGUGAUAUCUGUUACACUAGCAUGACACAAGUGUCUAGUUUAAGUGUUUGUCCUUAAAUCCCGCUUGGAUUAAUUCCUUGUGAUGGCAGUACUCACGGUUAAUAGCACACAUUCAUUUUCAUCAGCAGUGCAUUCUAGCAUUAAUGAAAAACACAAAAUGACAGUGCAGUAGGUGAAGUCUUUGCAAUACUAAAGCAGCUGUGUAUUUGUGUGUGAAACGUGACACUAGACGGCAUUAUACAAGUGCAGUUUUCAUCAGGAAAUGUAUUUUUAAGUAUUGUGCAACAGAAAAAAA